CCCGCCGGUCUCAGCUCAACCCAGCAAAGACCAUCCUCCUCCUCGCAGUAGUCCUCCCUCCCCCAGCAACGCACCAAGCCUUGCUACUAGAAGCAGCAGCUACGCUACGCACGAUGGCCGCCUGCGCCGGCUUCUUCUUCGACGCCGAGCCGCUCGGCGAGCCCGGCGUGCCGGCGCUGGACGCGUGCGCGCUCUGCGCCAAGCGGCUGGGGCGCGACAGCGACGUCUUCAUGUACAGAGGGGACACGCCCUUCUGCAGCGAGGAGUGCCGCGGCGAGCAGAUGCAGCUCGACGCCGCCCGCGCGAGGCAGGCCGCCAGGUCCGCCGGCCGGAGGCAGCAGCAGUCCUUGUCGGGGACGGGAUCUCCUCGUAGAGGCCAGGACUCCAGGAAGGUGUCCGUGGCGAGCUGACCCGGCCCGUUAGAAGGAGCGCAUAGCUAGCUGAGGUGCUUGAUCCGUUCCAGCUUCUUCCAAGAAGAUCCGGAGAACCGCCGGCCGCUCUGAUGGCACAAAAGAUGAGGAACUCCGACUCUCCGUCACGAUCUGUCCGGCUACAAGAUGACGCCCGUCGCCCAGCACCGCACAAGGAUCGUAAAUUUUCAACUGUUCUUUGCAUCAGAGUAAGACUUGGCCAUCUGAAUCCGAGCCGCACACGAUGCCGGUGCGAGUUUGAGGCUUUGAGCCACAUUGUAACGCCUCCUUGUAAACUGAAGCAUUCCCGAAGUUUUGUUUCAAAUACCGAGCAAUUCCUGAGUAAAACCAAAGUUACCAAACAAUCUCCGCGGGAGCAAUGAGUCUCCGAAAAAUAAUAGCUAUGAGA